GUCGCACUGCGACAUCCGAGAGGGAAAGGCUGACACCCGCCCCGGUCCUGAGCGGCUUCACCCCAACUCCCGCGUCAGGAAGUGCUCUCAGAGCCCGAGACGGGGGGAGCGCUCGGCAGUGGGUGUGAGAGAGGCAGAGCCGCGGCACCGACAGAGGGACAGAGGGACGGACAGAGGGACACAGUGAGACCAUCUCCUGCGGCUUUUGGAUCGAUGCCAGGAUAAGGCAGCAGCCAGUUCCCAGGAGAAGGAAUGACCCUCGAGGAUGACCAAGUGAAUGAGGUUGGAGCCCAGGAAUUUCACAGCAAUUAUGACCCGAAGGAGAUUCUGGGCAGGGGGGUGAGCAGUGUGGUGCGGCGCUGUGUGGAGAAGAAGUCCAAUCAAGAUUAUGCCGUUAAAAUUAUUGACAUCACCUCGGAUCAGGUGACCCCACAAGAGCUGGAGGAAAUCCGUGUUUCAACCGUCCUGGAGAUCGAGAUCCUACAGAAAGUGGCAGAGCAUCCACACAUCAUCUCGCUGAAGGAUUGUUACCAAACCUCAACCUUCUUCUUCCUGGUGUUUGACUUGAUGAAGAGAGGCGAGCUGUUUGACUACCUCACCGACAAAGUCAGUUUAAGUGAAAAGGAAACCAGGAAGAUCAUGCGAGCGCUGCUGGAAGUGGUGCAGUUUCUUCACUCCAUGAACAUUGUUCACCGUGACCUGAAACCAGAAAACGUCCUCCUCGAUGAUGACAUGAAUAUCAAACUGUCCGACUUUGGCUUCUCCUAUCAGCUCGCUCCCGAGGAGCAUCUCCGAGAGCUGUGCGGGACCCCUGGCUAUCUGGCUCCCGAGAUACUGGAGUGUUCUAUGAAUGAGGCACAUCCUGGAUACAGCACCCAAGUGGACUUGUGGAGCUGCGGGGUGAUUAUGUACACGCUACUCGCUGGCUCGCCUCCAUUCUGGCACCGGAAACAGAUGCUGAUGUUACGGAUGAUCAUGGACGGAAAUUACAAUUAUGAUUCUCCAGAGUGGGAGGAUCACUCGGACACGGUGAAAGAUCUGAUCUCACACUUGCUGGUUGUGGACCCUGACAAGCGUUACACAGCGGAGCAGGCGCUGGCUCAUCCCUUCUUCCAGCAGUACAUUGUGGAGGAGGUCAGAAACUUCAGCCCGUACCGAAAAUUCAAGAGCAUCAUUUGGACUGUGUUGGCCUCAAUUCGUAUCUACCACCAUUACCGUCAGUCCAAGCCCAUCAGCAAGGAGCUGUUGAUCAGGGACCCUUACGGCAUCAAGGAUCUCCGCAAGAUGAUAGACGGCUGUGCAUUCAAGAUCUACGGGCACUGGGUGAAGAAGGGCGAGCAGCAGAACAGAGCAGCUUUGUUCGAGAACACUCCAAAGGCUAUUCUGUUUUCAAUAAUGGCAGAGAGCCCAUUAGACCUGCCCUAAGGCACAGGGCUGGCUCUGUGUGCAGCCCCGGCCCCUGGCGUUCACACAAAUCUUCUCGUCCCCAUGUAAACAGCCUUGAAUUAUUUCUCUUUUUUAAUAAAUUUGUCCCCGAAACUUAUGAAAAUCAAA